AAAGAAAGUAGGAAGUAAAGCGCCUUAAUAGUGCUUGUUGUUUGCUUCGUUUUCUAUUAGUCAACCCACAAAGCGAAAGUUGUUAUUUACUCAUGAAAGUCUUUAUCCGGUAACAUGAGUGACUUUACAGGAAACCCUUUCGUGUGGAUUGGUAUUGGGUCUAGUUUUGCUUUCUCUGGCCUUUUCUAUCGUCUAUACCAGGACAAAAAGAAAGAAUUAGAAAAACUAAAGGAAAUACCUGUAUUCAAACCUGAUCAACAUUUGGUUAGUGUACUGAGAGCUUCCCCUCACAAACGACUCCAGUAUGUUGCUGUAGAAGGUAUGGUUCAAGCUGAUGGGGAGCCUAUAGCUAGUCAGUACGUCCCACGAUGCUUUGGUGUGAUCCAGAGAAUAGCAGUCGAGGAACACUGGAAAUACUGGAACUCUUUCACCAGGACAUGGAAUUCUCGAACAAUGAACAAGAAGGAAACGAACAACUCGGUCCCCUUCAGCCUGGUGAACCCUAGAGCUUACAUCAACGACCUCUAUGUCAGUGUUCACAACCCUCUGGAGGCAUCAGGGCACUUUUUGGACAGAGUUUACCACAAGAUAAAGCACGCUGAGGAGGAUAUGGUGAAUAUUGUACUGCAGGGCAUCAGUGGAGAGAAACCCGGUGCACUGGUGGAGCAGGAAGAGAUGUUGAAAGUGGGGACUACACUAACUGGUUUUGGAGAGGUGGUCCUGGAGGGAGGACAAGUAAUGAGGCUACAGGCACCACAGGAUGGGCGCAAGUACAUCCUGGUCCCUGGUGACUACCGCAGCUUCAUGGACAGACAUGAGAGCUCAGCAAGCAUGUGGAAGACACUCACCGCACUUACAGGAAUCACAGGGGCUACUCUUCUGGCAGCUGUCAUUUAUAAUACAGUUGGGGACCAAGACAGCAGAUCUAAAUAGUGAUUCUAAUAACACACAUCAUCAGGUCGUUAAAUGGUCUUUUUUUUUUGGAAAUUCUGAAAAUGUUCUUAAAUGUUUGGUUAUCACGUAAUUACUGUAAAUCAUCUAUAGCAAAGGCCAUAAAGGAAACUUUAAUAGAAAUUGGACCAAAGUCUAAAAUGUAUACCUUGAAACAAUACUGGAAUUUCUUAUUAAAAUCAGAAUUUAGUUUAGUGCUAUUGUCGAACUAGGAACUUGCUUUGACAUCAAACAAAGAAUAAUAAUAUAAUCUAUUAUAAAGUAAAAAUAAGGGAAUGCAUUAUGUUGAACUCUUUUAUACUAACUGGAUACAUAAUCUUAUGUUGUAUUUUUGUAUGCAAAUCUCUUGAUAACUUUAGAUUUAACUUGGAAAGUAUUUUUACUGAAAACUGUGACUGUGAACACUGAAUACUGCUGCUGUAUUUUAACAGGUAGUCUUUAAUAAACUUUUUCCUACUAUGGAAACACAA